CGUUGCUGGUUCCAUCUCUUAACGUUCUGACGCGUGUGAGACUGGAAACAAACCAAACCACAGAAAACGGAACAUUCGUUCAGAGGGUCACCCACAGAGCCACGCCCCCGGCUGCGGCUCAUUGCCAUGCCCGAGGACACUUCCUGAGGUGGAUCAGUCAACCCAAAGACGUUCUUUAUACCCACAAGCCCGUUCUGCUGAUGUCUGUGUCAUCACAAACCCGCCGACAGUUUCACAUAUAUAUAUUGAAUUGAAUAUUCAUUAAAGUGACUCAGACACUGAGUUUCUGUUGUUUACUCAUUCAAACAGCUGAAGUUUCAUGAUGUAAAUGUCUGGAAUCCAGUUUGUAGCAGGUGGAGGUUUGUUCACCUCGUCUGGUUUCUCACUCUGCACAUGCGUAGGAUCACAGAAAACGGACAUGUCACAGUCCAUUAACGUCGUGUCAUGGAACGAUCCAGUACAUUCAUGAGGUGAACUGUCCAGGCCGCAGAGCUCAUUACAGCCGCAACUCCCUGUGUGAUCUGACGUCUGUCCUGAAGGUGGCGGCAGAGUGACAGGUACCGGUCUGGCUGCCACAGGGGGGGGGGCGGGGCCAGGUGGAAUUAACCCCGCCUCCUGUGGGAGCUGCAGGAUAAGAGCUGCUGCGCUGAUGUUGCUGAGACCGUCUCAGAUCCAGACACCUGCUCUGGUUCUCCUGCGUCUUUAUUGUUGUUUCUUUUACCUGAUUUGCUGAAACCUCCAGCGGAACAUGUUCAACAGCUCAGAGAGAAACGUCACCGGAGCUCAGGACUGGACCCAGGUGUAUGACGUCGUCAGGUGCAUCCAGCUGCUCAUGGCCCUGCUCAGGCAUUUCACACUGCAAGGGGCCGAUGGGAAAGAGUGUCCUGGGUUCAGGCUCCAUCAUCGUCUGUGUGAUGUCACAGAGACUCAGUUGGAGGCCGGAGCUGCAGCCUCUGUUCCUGCUCAGUGUGUCCGACCUGCUGCUCGCCCUCUGCUGGCUGAUCGGGGCCGCACUGUUCUCUGAGCACCGCAACACACACUGUUACAACCUGCACACUGUGGAGCAGGUUCUGUUCAUGUCGUCCUUCUUCUUCACGCUCAACUACAUGUGGGACCUGUUCAGAGGAAUCAGGGAGAAGCUGCACCGCUGCCUGGACGGACACUCGCUGCAGUUUUCCAACAGAGUGAGCACUGCUGGAAAAACCACGGCUCUGCUCUGUGGUCUGGUUCCUCUGCUGCUGAUGACACCUGUUUUCAUACAAGGAAACAUCCGCCAAUGUCAGGCCAACUUCAGUCAGCCCUACAGGUGUCUCCUGAUGGACACCGGAGCGCUGUACCUGACCGCCGAGCACCAGCAGCCAAUCAGAGCCUGCCACCUGCUCCACACCUACACCAUCGCCGUCUUCCUCGCCGCCUUCGUCCUCACGCUCGUCGGCAUCACCGUGUUCGUGGUCAAAGCCCGUCGCAUCUACAGACGGGUUGUGACGUCACACGGUUACCUAGGCAACGAGCAGCGGACCUCGCUCCGCGUGAUGGACCGGCGGAUGCUGCUGUACCCGCUGGUCUUCGUCCUCUGCUGGGGUCCAGCGGCGAGUCUGGCGUCUCUGCGGGUGGCGAAGCCGUCGGCGUGUCAGGGCCAAGCCGUGGUCGUCCUCUACAUAUCACAGGCUUUCACCUCGGCCUCGCAGGGUUUCCUCAACUGUCUGGUGUACGGCUGGACGCACACUCGCCUGCGCCGGGUCGGCAGGACGGGACAGUCCCGGGACAUGGACACGCAGACGCCUCUGCUGCGAUCGCAGAAGAAGAAAAACUACCAGGCGCUGCCCAGGAUCAGCUGAGAGACACCAAGAGGAGGAGGAGGAAGAGGAAGGGGAGGAGGGAGGGGCUCUGCAGAGCACGAGAGGAAAGUCUGAACUUUCACUUUCCACCGAGGGAAAACACCGAGCUGGUUAUUCAGAGGACCACCUGCGAGGCUGAAGCACUGAGGCGAGGAAAAGGGAAGAAGAGGAGGAGGAGGGGGGUUACGUCAAGAGGAAGAGCGACUGACAAAAGGGGAUUUGAAAGAGACGGGGUCUCCGCUCAGAACUGAACCUGACGUCACGUCCAGGUCAUGUGACCCUGGUGGUCAGACUCUGACGUGUUUCUGAACGUUUGACAUUUCAGUCACAGACAGACAGACAGAGAGACAGAGAGACAGACAGAGAGACAGAGAGACAGAGAGACAGAGAGACAGACAGACAGACAGACAGACAGACAGACAGACAGACAAACAGACAGACA